AUGGCCGCCGAUCCUUUCACCUCCACCUCCACCACCGGCGCCUUCGCGAGCGACGCUAAUUCCACCGAGUCAUGGAGCGCCCGGGUGCGCUCGCUGACGCGCCUCGGCCGGCACCGGGAGGCCCUGGCCCUCCUCCGGGACGGCGACCCCUACCCGCCGCCGCACGCGCUGGCGCUACCAGCAGCGGUCAUCUCCUGCACGGCGCUAUCCCUCCCCUCCGGCGUCGCCCAGAUACAGGCGCUCGGCUACAAGCGCGGCCUGCUCCCAUCCUCCGACGCCUACCUCCUCUCCGCGCUGCUCUCCUCCUACUCCCGCCUCGGCCACCUCCGGCGCGCCCACCAGCUCCUCGACGAAAUGCCCCUCGCGUCCACGCCGCCCACCACGCUCCGCACCGCCUUCAACUCCCUCAUCUCCGGGUGCGCCAUGCACGCGCUCCCGGCCGCCUGCUUCGCCAUCUUCCGCCGCAUGCGCGCGGCCGGCGCCCCCUUCGACGCCGUCACUCUCAUGACGCUGGUCCCGGCCGCUCCUCAGACCGCCGUGCCGCAGCUCCAUGCCCUCGCGGGGAAAGCAGGACUCGCCGCCGAGACAGCCGUUGCCAACUGCCUCAUAUCCGUCUACGCGCGCCGCGGCGCCGCCCUUGCCCGGCAGGUGUUCGACGAGAUGCCGGUGGCCUCCCGCGACCUCGUCUCGUGGAACGCCGUGAUCUCAGCCCACUCGCAGAACGGCCUCGCGGUGGACACCCUUGACCUCUACAACCGCAUGCGUGGCCACGAUGGCGGCGGUGUGGAGCCAGACGCCGUGACUCUCGUCGGCGUGCUCUCCUCCUGCGCCCACCUCGGCGCGCGCGGUGUAGGCCUGGGCGUUGAACGGUACAUGCAGGAGAGGCUGCCAGGGUUCCGCGACAACUUGCAGCUUUGCAACUCGCUCAUCAACUUCCAUGCGCGCUGCGGCAGCUUGCCCCAGGCGCAGCAGCUGUUCAACGAAAUGCCUAAGAGGAGCAUCGUGUCGUGGACGGCGCUGAUCACUGGGUACGGCAUGCAUGGGCAUGGUGAUGUUGCCGUUGAUCUCUUUGAGAUGAUGGUGUCAGAAGGCAUCCGGCCAGAUAAUGUUGCGAUGGUUGGCCUCUUGUCGGCGUGCAGCCAUGCUGGGUUGUAUGAUGAGGGGCGCAAGUAUUUCUCGGCAAUGGAGAGCGCCUACCAGCUGCGACCUACACUGGAGCACUAUACGUGCAUGGUGGACCUUCUUGGACGGGCAGGACGUCUCGAGGAGGCACGGGAACUGAUCUCGUCGAUGCCCAUGCCAGCCGAUGGUGCCGUGUGGGGUGCCCUUCUUGGGGCUUGCAAGAUACAUAAGAAUGUGGAGAUGGGGGAGGAGGCUUUUGAGCAUGUCAUCAAGCUUGAGCCGAGCAACGCGGGCUACUACGUGCUCAUGGCAAACAUAUACACUGACACAGGACAACUGGACGGUGUGGUGAGGAUACGGUCGAUGAUGAGGGAGCGCGGGCUCAAGAAGGAGCCUGGGUGCAGCUACAUUGAACACAAGGGGAGAGUUCACCUGUUCAUGGCUGACGACCACUCGCAUCUGCAGGCAAAGAGGAUUUACGAGCUCGUGAUUAAGCUUGAACAGAUGGUGAAGGAGAAGACUGAUGGCGCUGCAGGAACGGAGGGAGGCAGGGUGGUCGAGGGGCACUCGCAGAAGGCGGCUGUGCCAUUGAUCGGCUUUCACAGCGAGAAGCUUGCCGUGGCCUUUGGUAUGCUGAACACUGCAGACGAUGAGAUUGUAGUGAUCAAGAACCUAAGGGUAUGUGGGGACUGCCACACGUUCCUAAAGACUGUCUCUGCAAUUGUGAACCGGGCAUUUCUUGUUAGGGAUGCGAGCCGCUUUCAUCGCUUCGAGGGUGGAGCAUGCUCCUGCAAAGAUUACUGGUGAAGAGUCUGGUGCUCACCGUGCUCUGUGAGGGGAAGAAAUUAUUUUGGUUGCCCCAGAAAUUGAAGAUGUAAGCCUGCAAGGAAGAUUUCGCUCCAGAUCUUCAAUACUCAUUGGUACAGGCUUGGUGAAUACUCCACUGCAGGCAUGAAAGAAGUACAAGGUUGGAUCAACAGAGGAGAAAAUGGGCGCGCAUUUAGAUGACCAACUCUCUAAAAACGAGAUGCUCGACUGCCUCAAGAUGAGGCUCCUAUAUGUUCUGCAGAACCCAAUGUUCAGGGGCGGCUAUACCGAGGCUAGACAGCCAAUAGACCAAACUGCAAACUUCCUUGAGGGCUGCACUCUGCUCCGGAUCAACCGGCAGUUCGGCACUCCCUCUGAUAUUGCUUCGCCUUUGGUCCUUAAACUGAUGGAUGACAAAUUGUCAAGGACCCCUAUUUGAGACAAUGGCCUGGCGACGCCAGAUCUUUGACCAAAGGUGGUUCGGAGUACACUAGCAAAUGGUCUGCGAGUUCUCUGACUAGUUGACAACGUUUGGUCUG